AUGCAGGACGAAUAUCACAAGAGUCAGCCAGACAGGGUAGAAGAUGUGGAGGUUGGCAGUAACAAAGAAACUUGUCCCCCAGGGGAGGUCCAGGUCAACUCUGCAGAAGAAAGGCGCCUCAUUCGCAAGCAAGACCUCCGAAUCCUGCCCCUUUCAGCUGGAAUAUAUCUUCUCUGCUACCUUGAUCGCUCCAACAUUGGAAAUGCCAAGACUCUUAACUCAGACACCCGCAACGAUUUGCUUGACGAAACGCACAUGACGGACCACCAGUAUAUAAUUGCCCUCAUGGUUUUCUUGAUUGCCUACGCCAUAUUUGAAGUCCCCUCGAACUACCUCCUCAAGAGGCUGAGACCAAGUCGCUGGAUUGCUUUUCUCAUGCUGUCCUGGGGAGCAAUCACCAUGGGCCUAGGGGGUACGCAUAGCUUUGCACAAGUGGCGGGAGUCCGUUUCCUUUUGGGAAUGGUUGAAGCCGGACUAUUUCCUGGACUGGUCUUCUAUCUCACGUUCUGGUAUAAAGUGUCGGAGCGAUCACUGAGGGUAGCUAUUAUAUUGGCCUCCGCCACAUUGGCUGGUGCCUUCGGAGGAGCCAUUGCGUAUGGCGUAGGACACAUGAAUGGCGCAAACGGGCUCUCCGCCUGGCGAUGGCUCUUUAUCAUUGAGGGGGCUCCCUCUUGCGCAGCUGCAGCUCUUGUUUGGUUCAUUCUUCCCGACUACCCGGAAACCUGUCGCUUUUUGACUCCGGAAGACAAGGCACUGGCAAAACAGCGACUCUCUGUGGAGGGCGGCCAGGGUGCAGCUAAAGCAAUGACUUGGGGCGAUGCCAAAGCGGUAUUGACAGAGUGGCGACUUUAUGCCCACUACCUGGUAUACUUCGGUAUUUCCACACCAUUUUCGAGUCUGUCGCUUUUCACACCGACCAUCACUGCGGGUCUGGGCUACGAAAACCUUCAGGCCCAGUUGAUGACCGUUCCACCAUAUGCAGUUGCAUAUGUUAUAACUCUUGCGGUCUCCUGGUCUGCAGACCACUUUAACGCCCGUGGUAUUCACUCGGCUAUUUUCUCAUUCAUUGGCGCCAUGGGCUUCCUAGCCUCUGCUGUUCUCCCUGCAGACGCUUAUUUGCACCGCUACGGAUGUCUGAUUGUCGCUACCUCGGGUGCAUUCUCAUGCAUCCCUCCCCUCCUGGGCUGGCUAUCUUCUAAUCUCCAGUCCACUGCUGGAAUUGGAUUGGCCAUUGCAUUGAACAUCUCCUUCGGAGCACCCGGUCAAAUAGUGGGUGUUUGGAUUUACAAGUCUGAUGAAGCGGAGAGAGGCUUUCCGACUGGGCACUGGACAAAUGCAGCGCUCCUCCUGCUUGUAUCUGUCUUCAAAUAUGCCUACUAA